GAAUUAUGCACAGUACUUAUUGAAUUUAGAUGCAUUUAAUUUCUAUAAAUUGUUGGUAUUGUAUGUCCUAAGUAUUUCGUAGCCUGGAAGUAAAUGGAGUCUGGUCACUGUGGCCUCAUAUCGGCACUUUUCUGUCUUGCAUUCUUAUUAGGUAGCCAUGUCCAAGCAAAUGAGAUGUUAUGGGGAAACCCUGAUCACAUGCCUAAAGCAUUAAGGGAUCUCACGAAGCCUGGAAUUGGCGAUCGAGGACUUAAGAUAAGCAACAACAAAAUAGAUGUUGACGUCUAUGGCAAACUGAGGGACCCUAAUGGACUCAAAGAUACAGUGCUGAAUGUCACAUUUUUCCUUGAACAAGACCUUCAUCCUGGCAAGAAACUCAAACUUGAGUUCCCUAAGCGUUCUAGUGAUUUCACCUUUUUACCAAACUCACUUGCAAAGAUCACCCCAUUUUCCAGUACCAGGCUCCUAGAGAUUCUGAAGCGUUUUGGCAUAGAGGCCGAGUCAACCGAUGCUAAGACAGUGAAAGACACACUUGAGCUUUGCGAAAGCCCUGCCAUUAAGGGGGAGGAAAAAUACUGUGCCACCUCUCUGGACUCAUUGGUAAACUUUGCGGUUUUGAAGCUUGGGAAGAACAUAAAACUACUUUCAACAGAGUUGGAGAAGGAAAAUGAGGAGGCAGAGGAAUACAGUGUGCUGAAGGGAGUGACAAAAAAUGGUGAUAAAGCUGUAGUGUGCCACAAACUGAAUUACCCUUAUGCUGUGUUCUACUGCCACAAAGUGGAAUCAAGGGCUUAUAAUGUUCCAUUGGUGUCUAUUGAAGAUGGGACAAAAGCUAAAGCUCUAGCAAUUUGCCAUAAUAAUACUAGGCAUUGGGCUAGUGAUAAUCCUGCUUUUAUGCAACUUAAUGUUAAGCCUGGAACUGUUCCCGUUUGUCAUUUUCUUGCCACCGAUACCCUUCUCUGGGUGCCCGGAUCUUACUAGCUAGACCAACCAAAUACAAAUUCCUGCAUUCAAGAAAACAACUACUUAUCUAAAUAAGAGAUGUUGAAUUUGUGGAAUGCUAGAAUGUCAUAUCUGGCUAGUAGAUCGAACAAGGUAUAAUAAGGUUUGAUGUAUGGAGAUCCAUGUAGGAUAUAUGUGUUACUGGCUGGUAUUUAUAGCUAUGAUCCUGUAUGUAUUAAUUAUUUUCUAUAUAUAAGUUGGUUAAGGUACUGUUAAAAUAAUGGAGUGAUGAUAAAAAUUGAGUUUGAUGAGAA